AUGAUGAUGAUCUCUUGCUCUUCCUUCUUCGACAUCCCUUUCCUCGCCACGCUGAUUGCACUCAUUCUUGCAGCCACCUUAUUCAUCAUCCGAGACCAUAGAAAGCUAACAAAAACGACCGCCGGUUCAAACUUGCCGCCGGGGCCAUGGAAGCUCCCCAUAAUAGGCAACAUCCACCAGAUGGUCGGCGACCAACCCCACCGCCGACUCAGGGACCUCGCCCGCAAACACGGGCCCGACGUGAUGCGCCUCCAACUAGGGCACCUUCCGGUCAUCGUAAUCUCAACCCCUGAAUCCGCCAAGCUCGUGAUGAAAACCCACGACCUAGCUUUCGCUUCGAGGCCUCAUCUCCUGGCUGCAGACAUACUCUACUACGGUUGCAAGGACAUAGGGUUUUCGCCCUACGGAGAGUACUGGAGGCAGAUGCGCAAGCUCUGCACCCAGGAGCUCUUCAGCGCCAAGCGCGUUCUGUCUUUCGGACACAUCAGGGAACAGGAGGUCUCCAAACUCGUCGCUUCUCUCGCUCUUUCAGCAGCUGGAGGGAAGCGGCCUGUGGAUCUCGGUCGGGCGUUUCACACUUUGAUGAGUACCGUCACUUCCAGGGCAGUAUUCGGUAAACCGCAAGAACUGACCGAUGCUUUCAUGGUCAUUCUCAACAACAUUUCCGAUGUUUUUGCAAGUUUCAAAAUCUCCGAUCUGUAUCCUUCCCUUAAACUACUGCCCGCCCUAACCGGUUACAAAGCUCAGCUAGAGAAGAUGCACAAGGCGGCCGAUACGAUCCUGGUUCGAAUUAUAGAUGAACAUAAAUCCAGAAGAAAGGUGGCAAUUAGGGAAGACGAUCAUGAUCAUCAUCAUCAUCAUCAUGGUGAAAAUGAGGAUCUUGUUGAUGUGCUUCUGAAUCUUCAUGAGCAACAGGAUAUUGGAGUUCCCAUCACAAUGGAGGUCAUAAAAGCAAUAACUUUGGAACUGUUUCUGGCUAGUAUUGAGACAACAUCAAGAGCAAUAGAGUGGACCAUGUCAGAAAUGGUAAACGAUUCGAGAGUGCUGCAAAAAGCACAACAAGAGGUCAGGCAAGUAUUUGGCAAUGACAUAAAAAAUCAUUUCGAUGAGGCAAGCCUUGAUCAAUUGAAGUAUUUGGAUAUGGUUAUCGCCGAGAGUUUAAGGUUACACCCACCAGCUCCUUUGGUGGCUCCAAGAGAAAAUAGAGAUAAAAAAGUGCAACUCAAUUUAUAUGAGGUCCCGGUCAACACCAAUGUCAUCGUGAAUGCAUGGGCGGUCAAUCGAGAUCCUCGUUAUUGGACAGAGCCAGAGAAAUUUUACCCAGAAAGGUUUAUGAACUGCUCAAUCGAUUAUCAAGGAAACGAUUUUCGAUUCAUUCCAUUCGGUGCAGGAAGAAGAAUAUGCCCUGGAGCUUCUUUUGGGAUGGCAGUCGUGAAAAUCACUCUAGCAAGUUUGCUUUCUAAUUUUGACUGGACACUUCCCGAUGAUCUGAAAAGCAUUGAUAUGACGGAAUGCUUUGAAGCAACACUCAAAAGACAAUAUGCUCUCCUUCUAAUUCCAGUUUUACGGCCGCCCGCUUUGAAUUAA